AUGGUACUGGAAUGCGGCGUGGUGGAGUUUUGCGACCUGAUGGCGACGUCAGUGUUCCGGUCGGCCGUGGAGGCAGUGCGCGGCCAGCCGGUGCAGCGGGACGAGGAGCUGGUGCUGCCGUACCCGCUGCCCGCGCACGCGAGGUGCCCCAUCGCCAGCUGCCGAACGCAGUAUAGCGGCACGGGGUCCGUGCAGCAGCGGGCCAGCCUGUGUCGCCACCUCGCCCGCAGCCACGACCUGCGCCCCCGCCGCACCACGUGGAGGUCGCCGUACGCCCGCCUCUCGCCGGCCGUGCCGGAGCCGGCGUGGGACCUGGAGCUGUCUCCGCUGACGCCGCCACCACCGCCCGGCCUCCUGCGUUUUGACAGGCCGUGGGAGGACACGCCGCUGGCGGCGCUCGACCCUACACCAGCGCCGAGGUCCUCGCCAUCGUCCGCGCGCAGCGCCUCGGUGUCGCCGGCGCCCGCCACCCUGCCGGCCCUGCUCUCGCCAGCUCUGGAGGAGUUCCUCGAGGAGCUGGAGCCGGAGGAGGCCAGCCGGCUCCAGCGGCUGUACCGUGCGAACCGUGAUUGCGCGGUGCGCCGCAUCCUCGCUGAGGAGUCGCCCAGGUGCGAGGUGGCGUUCGCCGACCUGGCGGCCCACUUCGCCCCGGACGAGGUGCCGCUCUUCUCGUGGGACGAGCGUCCAUCGUGCGUGCCCGACCUGCCGCCGGCGCCAGAGCACCCUCACCUGACGGCUCCCAUCACCCACGGUGAGGUGGAGCUCCGUCUGCGCCGGGCUGCCAACACUGCCCCGGGAGAUGACGGUCUGCGGUACGCAGCCUGGCGUGCCCUCGACCCCGGCUGCCUGCUGCUACGCGAGGCGUUUGAACUGUGCCGCCGCGCCUGCCGGGUUCCGGAGGCGUGGAAGGCGUCGCAGACCGUCCUGCUCCACGAGGGCGGCGACCCGACCCUGGCGACCAGCUGGCGUCCCAUCGCGCUGGCGAGGACGGUCGCCAAGCUCUACGCCGGCGUGUGGGCCGACCGCCUUGCCGCCUGGGCGGACGCUGGCGAUGUGCUGUCGGCCCAGCAGAAAGCGUUCAGAUCGUUCGACGGCGUGCUCGAGCACAACUUCGUGCUGCAGUGCGCCGUCAACGACGCACGUCGGGCUGGUGAGGAGUGUCACAUUGUCUUUGUUGACCUCACCAACGCUUUCGGUUCGGUGCCGCACGCCCUCCUCUGGGAGGCGCUGGAGCGGUUUGGGCUGUCGCCCGAGGCCCUACGAGCCGUGCGUGACCUGUACGAAGGAUCGUGCACCCAGUACAGGCUCGCAGCGGGGCUGUCAGACCCCGUGCAGACGCGGUGUGGCGUCCGCCAGGGCUGUCCCCUGAGCGGCUUACUUUUCAACAUCGCAAUGGAGCCGGUGCUGCGCGCGCUCCGCCAGUCGGACGUGCGCUGCCUGGCCUACGCUGACGAUCUGGCGUUGAUUGUGCCGUCAGCCGCUGCCGUCGCUCCGGCCCUCCGGGUGCUAGAGGCCGUGUGCGGGUGGUGCUCCCUGGAGCCCAACCCGCGCAAGUCAGGCCUGCUGUCGGUGGGAGCCGCCCCGCCCGCCGUGACUCUCAGCGGCGCGCCUUUGCCGGUGGUGGAACGUGCGUGUUCGUACCGGUACCUGGGCCGUCCGGUGGGCCACACCCGGCUCUCGGAGCCGCCACUGGACGUGCUCGCUGCCACCCGACGCGAUGCGUUCCGCCUGCUGGACAGCGCCCUGGCGCCGUGGCAGAAGCUUGACGCCGUGCGCACGUUCAUCGUGCCGCGGCUGACGCACUGCCUGCGCCUGGGCGUGCUGCCCAAGACGCCCCUGCGCGCCUUCGACAAGGCGCUGCGGUGGCGCGUCAAGGGUGUGCUGGGCGUGCCGUUGAGCGCCACCAACGGCUACUUGUAUGCGCCGUCGUCCACGGGCGGCGUCGGCCUGACUGAGCUGGGCAGCGAGGCCGAUGUUCUUCUCCUGGCCGCCAGCGUGCAGCUGCUGCGCUCGCGUGACCCCCUGGUCGCCGAGCUGGCCGCCGCCGAGCUCACGCGCGUCGUGCGGCGCAGGGUCGGCCGGCCUCCGACGCCGGCCGACAUGGCCGCCUACUUGAAUGGCGAGCGCAUGCGCGACGGCGGUGAUGUCUCGUCGCGGUUCAGCCGCGCGCGUGUCGCCACCCGGGCACUCGCCUCGUCUGUGCCCGUGGCAUGGCACGCCGCCCAUCCCGUCCCGGAGCUGCGCGUCGGCCCCACUGCGGUGGAGGCGCGCGGCGAGAGCAAGGCGCUCCGCAACGCCCUGCGGAUGCGGGCCUUGAGCGACCUGGUCGCCAAGCCCCAUCAGGGACGCGUGAUGGAGUGCGUGGCGUCUCAGCCGGUGAGCUCGCAUUAUAUGUAUAAUGGGAGCUUCACCCGGUUUGCCGAGUGGCGGUUUGUGCACCGUGCUCGGCUCGGUCUCGUGCCCCUGAACGGGUACCGUCGCGGCGCCGGUGAUCGGCGCUGUCGGCGCUGUGGCUAUGCCAAGGAGACCCUGCCGCACGUGCUCAACCACUGCCGGCCCCACAGCGCGGCACUGCAGCGGAGCCACAACGCCAUCCUGGCGCGCCUGGAGAAGGCCGUGCCUCGGUUUGCCGGCACCGACGUGCGGGUGAACCGCCGUGUGCCCGGCACCGAGUCGGCCCUUCGGCCUGACCUGGUGGUCACCCGUGGCGCCCACGUAUCUCUUGUGGACGUCACAGUCUCGUUUGAGAACCGGCUGGCUGCCCUGCGCGCCGCCGGCGACGAGAAGGUGGCCAAGUACGCGGGCCUGGUGACCGAGCUCCGACGCCAGGGCAAGCAUGCCUCCGUGCAUGCCCUGGUGAUUGACUCGCUCGGCACCUGGUACCGCGGCAACGAGGAGACGCUGCGCCACCUGCGUGUCAGCCGGGUGUACGCCCGACUGAUGCGCAAGCUCAUGGUGAGCGACACCCUGCGGUGGUCCCGGGACGUGUACGUGGAGCACGUCACCGGAGUCCGCCAAUACGAAUGGUCAGUGGCCACCGCCCGUGGCCGCUGUGACGUCAGGGUGCCCGCCUUCACCACCUCCACCUCCACAGCGUUCUCCUCAGCGGCGUCGCUCUCUACCUCGUGA